UCUUACCUAAGCGCCCGUAAACAAUGGUGCGACCUUGCUUUCGUGUCUUCGACGACCAUGGCGUCCACAAAUGCUUGGAGCCCAGCUCCUGGCCGUCACCGAGUUAACAUAGGCUCCUCCCUCGUCCGAGCCUUGAAAGCGCGCAAGGGAGAUCCACCUCCACAGAAACGGUCAAACCUUCCAGACCGUGACUUCUACGCCUUACGAUAUAAUUUUAAGCCUUCGUCGAUAGACCCGACGAAGUCCGGAAAUAUGGAAGUCAAGAGGAAUAAAGAUGGGCCCAGUACGCUCAUCGUCGAACACCCUGCUCAGCCCAGCGGUCUUCAUGUUUAUCGUGGUCGGGAAGAUCCAGCAAAGGAAUGGGCUUGCGUAUUAAUAUUUGAUGAGGAAACUGGGAGCUAUACUUUAGAGAAGAUCGAAUCGUUUGUGUCGCUAGAACAUAUUGAGAGGCGACCACAGUCUCUGACUGCUGUUUCACAACCGGCCACUCCAUCAAUUAACGAACGAAGCCCACCACACGUUAUUGAAAGCCAAGACAAUGAGGCAGAUCGCGCUUUCGAAGAAAUACUUCCCGAGGAACUGGUCGGUCCCAGCCGACAAACCAAGAACGAACCGGAUUCCGAAGAGGACAUUUCGCUGCAACACACCGUUCCAUCUCGACCUCAACCUGCCGCUCAACUUGCCGCUCCACGAACUAAGAAAUCUACAUCUUCUAAGAUCAAGAGCAAGGCUCGUCAUGCACAUGUGGAGCCUCCCAUUCACUCUCUGCCAAUGUCCACACCACCUGUACAUUCUACUAAAGUCAGGAAGGCAUCCAAGAGACAAACCCCUGAAUUUUCAGAUGUAGAAGAAGAGCUUUUGGACUUCGCAGGACCGUCCAAACGUACGCGGUCUUCGCCGCCUCCGCCGCAGCCUACACCAAUCUCGAGACCGCCUCAACCCAAACGCGCUCCAGUCCGAAAGCAACCGUCGCCCCCACCGCCACGUCCGAGAGCAGCCUUGGAGCUUCCUGGUUCCUCGAGUUCAUUUGUACCGCCACCACCCAUCCCGUUAUCGUCGGCUUCACGCCAGCCUCCCACAUCAGUGAUACCCCCAGUGCCUCUAGCACCUGCCACAUCAGCCAUCGAGCCGCCUACACAAGCACCCGCCGCUGCUUCUGAUUCUGAGGAGGAUAUCGAAUGGGAUGAAGUCGCUGCACCUGAUGGAGUAUCACACAAUAUCAUGAUGAUCGAAGAGACGGGCGAGAACGAGAAUGACGGUGGUGAAGAAAUUGACGUGGACGAGUUUGAAGAUUUAAUGAAUCAACAUCUGGAGGAAGGAACUGGUAAAGGGGAAGAGGAUGAUGACGGGUUUAACAUCUUCCCCGACUCCCCAGAGCCUCAAUCUCAGGAGUUAUUACCGAUGCCCUCCUUACCCCGGUCUGGGGGAGGGCCAAUUUCUUUGAAUGCAUUCGCGACGGGAGGAGACCACGAAGACGACGAGGAAUAUUCUAGUAGUGAGGAAAGUGAUGAUGAAUGAAGUCGGACAUAACAUAAAUACCCAAAUCGAACUAUCGGAGGAAUAUUCAAUAUUCAUUGCAUCGCAUGUACUAAUACACAUCCACACUAAUUUGGACGGGCUUUUUGGAGAAAGGAAGUAGCGU